AUGGCCGACUCCCAGAUCCCCCAAAUCCGGCGCAAUGCCCCUACCGUCAACUCAGCGGCUGAUCUGAUCGGCAACACGCCACUUGUGAGGCUCAACAAGAUCCCUCAGAGCCUGGGCAUUGAGUGCGAGGUCUACGCCAAGACGGAGCUUUUCAAUGCUGGCGGCAGUGUCAAGGACAGAAUUGCCCUGCGGAUGAUUGAGGAGGCCGAGAAGAGCGGCCGAAUCAAGCCUGGCGACACAUUGAUCGAGCCCACCAGUGGAAACACUGGCAUUGGUCUCGCUCUGGUCGGCGCCAUCAAGGGCUACAAGACCAUCAUCACCUUGCCCGAGAAAAUGUCCGCCGAAAAGGUCUCUGUGCUGCGUGCCCUCGGCGCUACCAUCAUCCGUACACCCACCCAGGCCGCCUGGGACGCCCCCGAGUCGCACAUUGGCGUUGCCCGCCGUCUCGAGAAGGAGAUCCCGAACGCACACAUUCUCGACCAGUACAGCAACCCGGCCAACCCCGAUGCCCACGAGUUUGGCACCGCUGAGGAGAUUUGGGAGCAGACCGGCGGCAAGGUGACUGCCGUCAUUGCUGGUGCUGGAACUGGUGGUACCAUUACCGGUAUUGCUAAGGGUUUGAAGAAGCACAACAAGGACAUCAAGAUUAUCGCUGCCGAUCCCCACGGCAGUAUCCUGGCUCUGCCCGAGUCCCUCAACGAGGAGCACAUGAAUGAGGGAUACAAGGUCGAGGGCAUUGGCUAUGACUUCAUCCCCGACGUCUUGGACCGCGAGAUUGUCGACAAGUGGUACAAGACCGACGACCAAAAGUCUUUCUGGCUCGCACGACGCCUGAUUGCCGAGGAGGGCCUGCUUGUCGGCGGUAGCUCCGGCUCCGCCAUGGCUGCCAUGCUGCUGGCCGUCAAGGAGUACGGCUUCAAGAAGGGCGACACCGUCGUGGUUGUUCUCCCCGACAGCAUCCGCAGCUACCUCUCCAAGUUUGCCGACGAUGACUGGCUGUCUGCCAACGGACUGCUGUCCGUCAACGGAAUCGAGUCCGCGCCCCAGGGCAACAACACGACUUCCGACCCCUACCAGGGCGCCACCAUUGCUUCUCUCCGCCUGAAGCCAGUGACUUCAGUUGCGGACACUGCCUCAUGCUCAGAGGCUAUCGAGACCAUGCGAGACAAGGGCUUCGAUCAGCUGCCCGUCCUGUCCGCUACCAGCAAGCUGGUCGGCCUCGUCACUCUUGGCAACCUUCUCAGCUACAUCUCUCGCGGACGCGCCACGGCCGAGACCCAGGUCAAGGACGUCAUGUUCGACUUUGGCAGACUCGAUGAGAUUGUCACCGACCCGCGCAAGCUGACCAGCGGAACCAAGGCCGGUAGCAAGCGCAAGUUUGUCGAGAUCACCAUGGAGACUCCCCUGUCCACCCUCAGCAAGUUCUUUGAGUGGAACAGCGCUGCUGUUGUGACCGACGGCAAAGGCGAUUCUCAGUCUCUGUCCAAGCCCAUUGCUGUCGUUACCAAGGUUGACUUGCUCACCUGGAUGAUCAGCCAGAAGAAAUAA